CCUUAAUGGUAGUUAAUUAAUCACUCGAAACUAUUACGAUUUAAAUACGCUGUGGUGUUUACAGUAUGCUGGUUCAUUGUGUAACAAUAAUCUUGAAACUGUAUUGAAGAUAGAUUAAUGAUGAAGUUUGUGAUGGAAAAAUUAGCACAUAUUUUUCUGCUAUUUCUAAGCUUCGUCGACAAUGGCUACUGUGGCUGUCCGGGAAAUAAUAACCCGACGAAAGUGAUCAAAAUGUGCACAGCCGGCACACUAAAGGGACCGGAAGUCUACAUAGACACAUCAGAAGCCCGUCGGACUGUAAACAUCAGGUCGACUGUCUGUCACUGUACAGCAACAUUCAAAGACGUAUCGUUUUAUUCUCUAUACAUGGCUGGGCCACCUGGAACGUGCGGCUCCCUUUUCAAGUUUGAAAAUCCAAGCGACCAUAGCUCCAAAUCAUCACAAGAAGAGUGUUCGUUUGAAAUGCAUAGGACCAUCAAAGUUGGGACUGAAAUGAUCGUUAAUAUCACAUUGGACAAACUUCACCAACCAUUUGAGGCAGACUUUUGUGCACGCAUGAAGCCAGAUCUAUGCGGCGCGGAAGAGUUCCAGUGCAAACAUGAUGGAGCGUGUAUCAAUAAGGAUUUCAGAUGUGACCAACAGCCGGACUGCUCCGACGAAUCCGAUGAAACAGACUGUUAUAACACAGCAAAGUGCGUUAAGGGCAUGGAAGCCUGUAUGGACGGAAAUGGUUGCUUCAGAAAAUCUGAUCGUUGUGACAACGUGUCGACUUGUGGAGAUCACACGGACGAGAAAGACUGUGGAUUUCAAAAUGGGCAAAACGACAAAGAACAAAUGCAAGAUACCGGACCUUUGAUAGAAGUUGAAUGUUUCGAAAGUCAGCAUUUUUCUACUACCACCACAACAACUUCCACCACUACUACAAGAACAAAUAAAACACACACUAAAACAAAACCUACGACAACAACAAAACCUACAACACCAACGACAAAGGCGACAACGACACCACCACUAACAUCUACAAACGACAUUAGAACAGCAGAGCAAACUAACGAGAUAAAACCCACAAGAAAAGUUAUGAACGAAAUUACUGAAAAUAGGAGUAACAAGGAUGUUUCAACUGGUUCAAAGCCAACAGUGACUCCUAAAUCAUCCCUACUUACUAACCCAUCCAUGUCAGAAAGCAGCAGUGAACCUACAAACCGAGACUUGUUGAAUGUGUUGAAUGCCGUGAUUGGUAGACUUGAAACCGUAGAAAAAAAGUUACGGGCCAUUGAAUCCUUAGAAAAAAGAAUGGCAUCUUUUGAGGUCGACAUAAAAAAGUUGUGGGUAGCGCUUGAUGACCGAGUGAAGAAAGUUGACGCGAGAGUAAAACGUCUCAAAGACAAGGUGGAGGGGGCCGAUAUGCACGCGGCUGUCCUGACAGAGCGGAUGCAGAAUCUGGAAAAGGAGAGAGAUACUCUGCGUGACGACGUCUCAUAUCUGCAAUCUCAAUCCAUGAGCAUUGCCACUAAACCGGGUUUAUGUUUAAACGUUUUGCUACUGAGCAUGUUUUUGUAACUUUUUUGCAUAUAUAUUGGCUUUCACCGGGGUGCCCGAGGAUAACACCGACGGGAACGAGCAAGGGAAGGGUAAGAGCGGAAGCCGCGUCGGCACCUCCAUGACGCCUUUAAGAUCGCCCGUGAGGUAGCGGACAAUAUUCGUUUUGAGAAGGUUCACCGGUCACCAGGUUCCCCAGUUGCGGGCAAGACCAGGAAUAUUAUUGCAAAGUUUUCUUUUUCAAAGACCGGGAAAUGGUUCGUAAAUCAUGGAAACAGCUUGAUAGGACCCAGUUUCGAGUUUUUGAACAAUUCCCCCUGGAUGUCAUUCAGAAGAGAAGGAAGCUGGUUCCCAAGAUGAAAGAGGCGAAGCGGCUGGGUAAGAGGGCUUACCUAACCUACGACACCCUCUACUUCGACGGAACCGCCGUGAGGGCAUAGGGACACGACGACGGUGAGGUGUCCAUCCUCUUGUAUUGAAAGAGCAAUACUGAUUUUACUGAUUUGAUAAGUUCCUUUGAUAUUUGUUUUUUUAUAUGACACUUUGACAAAUUCAUCUAGUAACGUUUAUUUAAGCGGUUAUAGUUCGUUUAAUUUAACAGAAAAAAUCAAAACAUAAACGCACGUAGAAAUAGCGGUAAAAACCCAUUAUGAUAUCAUUAUCUGGCUAAAAUUAGAUCGUAAUUUCUUUAAUACUGAGGAGGAUGUAUAUAUUUGUGCAUCUUAUAUAUGGGGAGAAGGUUCGCCAGUUUACAUUACAUUUAACGUAGAUCUAUAUGAAAUUCUAGAAAAUGACAUCACAUAUUUUUCUGAAUUUGGUAAAAUAUUUUUAUCUGGUGUUUUAAAUAGCCGUGGAGGCAACAAAUGCGAUUUUAUUACACAUGAUAAUGUUAAUACUGUUUUUGACGACCUAGACUAUGUCCCUGAUUAGGGCCUCUGUUGAAAACGUACAUAAUAGUCUUGGGAUUAAAUUGCUAGAUUUUUGAAAAUCAACUUGUAUUCGCAUUUUAAAUGGUAGAAUUGGUGACAGUUAUAAACAUACUUUUUAUUCUCAUAACGGAUCUUCCGUAAUUGAUUACUUAUUGACCCAUGAAUGUAACUUUUCAUUGAUAUCCGACUUUACUAUUGGCGAUUUCAAUGAAAGGAGCGAUCACGCUCCAAUACUGUUUUCAUUAUAUUGUAAUUAUUUUUCGAAUAGUUACGAUACAUACACUGAUGUUAAAUUUAAAUGGGAUAAUACUCUACGUGAACAAUUUCGCACUGGGAUUAUUACAAAAUUACCUGUGUUCGAUGAUAUUGUUGAUAAUACAAACUGUUCAAAUAGAUUGCCAAUUAAUGAUGUUUCAGAUAGAUUUAUGGUUACAAUCCGCAAUGUCGCGGACCCGUUAUUUUCUAAACGCUGUACUUAUAGUAACAAGCCAUUGUUUGAUAUUGAUAGUUGUAAGAAAAAUGCAGAUUGGUUUGAUAAUGAAUGUGUUAAUGCACGGCGAUUAUGCCAAGAAGCUUUACAUAUUUUUAAUUCGAACAAAAACGAUAUUAACAGAGCUAGUCUGUGUGCACAAAAUAAGUCUUAUAAAGAUUUACUUCGUAAAAAGAAAAACUUUGCUUAUCGUAAAAAAUAAAGGAUAUUGAGAAUUUAAGAAAAAAGAACUUUGAGAAUUUUGGAAAUUUAUUAAAUCAAAAAAUAAAGUUAACAAUUGUAAAAUCCCUUUGGAACAUUUUAAAACAUUUUUUAAAAAUCUUAGCAACAAUACGUUUGAUUGCAAUAACAACGAGGCUGAACAGUUGUUUGCAAGUAAUGAUUUUGAUGACUCUACCUUUCCAGAGUUAGACCAACCUAUUUCUAUUAUUGAAGUACGUAACGCAAUAAAGCAUUUAAAACGAAAUAAAUCGGCUGGUAGCGACUGCAUAUUAAAUGAGUACUUGAUUGAAUGCGCUGACAUAUUAACAAGCCACUUUUGUGAUGUAUUUAAUAGCAUUUUAGCGUCUGUUUUUUUUCAGAAAAGUGGACAGAAGGUGUCAUCAUUCUUUUCCAUAAAAAAGGUUCUGUUAAUGAUGUCAAUAAUUAUAGAGGAACUACA